GGGCGAAAUUCAGUGCUGUGUCAGAGACUGAGUGAGUCGAACGGAUCGGUCGCGUCUCCGGAGUUUCUGUCAAUCGGCUGUCAAAAGCCAAUGACAUAAAUAAGCGGGAAUUUAAUUAAGCGCUAGUCAACUUUGGAAUACCAAUUCAAAACUUAAACUUUUAUUGACAUUAAUGAACUUUUGGUGUUUGGUGUUUUUGUUUGUGUUGUAUUUGAGUACCAAUCUGGGGAUUAGCUUAAUAGGAUGUGCGUGUGUGAGUGGCGAACUAUAGUUAAAGUGCUUAAAGUGUGGGAUUAAAGUGAGUGCUAUAUGAGACGUUUAGUGUGUAUCACAUAACAUUGGAAUGGAGUCCUUGCCAAGAGGGGGCCGCGUUUUUGUGGCCUUCUUCGCGAUCGUGUUUUGGGGAAUUGGUGUCCGAGGCCUCCACAACCUAGAUAUAAACGUGCCAAAUGCAGUACUCGUUGGUGAAACGGUGACGCUUGAAUGUACCUGGCAAUUAGAAGAUGAAGAAGCUCUGUACAGUGUCAAAUGGUAUCGGGGAAGAGAAGAAUUCUAUAGAUAUAUACCCAAAGAGCUUCCACACACAAGAGUAUUUCCAUUACCGGGUAUCGAAGUUGAUAUAUCCCGGUCUGGUGCCCGGCGCGUGGUGCUCCAAGAAGCGACGCCGGCAAUGGCCGGCCGUUUCCGCUGCGAGGUAUCCGCCGACGCGCCCACCUUUCACACGGAAAUACGUUCCGCACCACUGGAAGUUGUUGAAACCCCAGAAUGGGGUCCCAAACUGGUGUCGGAUCGGUCGUGGUACGGCGUGGGAUCAACGUUGCGUGCGACAUGUGCGUCACCACCAGCGCAUCCACCCGCUAACCUGACAUUCGCACUGAAUGGGCGUGAGAUCGACAUGGAAUCUUUCGUCCACGAACUACCAGAAUGGUUCAAAUGGGACCCGCCGACAAAAGCUGACACGACAACAACUCAACUCCCAGACGAAGAUUUUAACAUAAACGACGAGAACGUGCAAUAUUUAGAUGAAUCGUACAUAAACUUACAUAAAGAGGAAAUUCGAAGGCCUCCCAAGGAGACCAAGUUUGAAAGGUCGGGCCCGGAUAACAGAAUGCCGUCUGUUGGGGAAGUUUUGUUCGUAGUUCGACAUGCAGCGUUUGAAGGUGGCAGUCUUCGACUGACGUGUAUAGCGAGUAUAUACAACCUGUAUGCGUCGAGGGCGGAACUCAUCUUCGAUAUGGAACAGCCAGAAGUUGCGUCUGUGUUGGGCGUUCGGAAUAAUGCUAAAGAGUCAUCAAUCUCGCGCAUUGUUCUCUUAUCGAUACUGAUUUUGCUCUACAACACUCGGUAGUUGGGUAAGGCUAUUUAAUCUUCAUGUACAAUUUACAUAUCGAACGUGGAGAUAAUUUAAAUUAGAAAUAGUACCAAAUGGCCAAAUUAUAUAAAACUUUUAUGAUUUUUAUUUGGAUAUAAUAUGAAAU